AUGAAUCUCGGCACAGUCGAUAGUCACUCGCAAGCAGUUGAAAAAGAUGAGGCUUGGGCCAGGCAGACGAGCAAUCUCUUGAUCAAGCUCAUAGCUGUACUUUCCAAGACCAUCAAAACUUACCGAAGGUUUGACGCCAUCGACGCAAGUUUGAUCAACAGGGCGGACGGUGGCCUGUCUAGCCGGACAGAAAACACCCUCCACCUGAUAAAACUCAUAGUGGACGAUCUUGAUGGGUUUCUUGAAGAUUUCAAGGAUUUGAAGAACUUAGUGGAAGAGUUCAAAUCACAGAUUGGGCUGCACGUGACUGUAGACGGAGGCCGGGCAAUCAGCCUACAACACUGGAACGUCACAAUUGUGGGUUGA